AAUAGUGUUAACAAGGCUAUAAAGCCUCUUCGAAAAUGAGAUUAUUAAAAAAUAUUUUUAAUUUAUUUGUAAUUUUUACCAUUUUUGGUAUAGCAUACUGUGAUUUUUAUACUUCAAUAUCUGGUCUGGAGGAAUUACUUGCUGUCGAAGAUCAUUACAUGAAGGCAAUGGAGAAACAUUUAGUUGCAAUGGAGACCGUUCACAAUCAAUUUAAAAGCCUCCUGAAUGAAAUUGAAUCUGAGCAUGCCCAGGACAAUCACAAUAGUACCCAGCAUUUGGAAUAUCCUGUUAAUGCUUUUAAGAUGAUACGCAGGGUUGUUGUCGAUAUGUCGCAGUUGAAUAAACUAACGACCGAUAUUGCAAAUCUACGAGUUUUCAAUGAAUCGGCAUCAACUCUGAAGUUAUCAACAAUGCCAACGGACAAUGAUUUGCGAGGUGCAUCCAUGGGCUUUGCGCGUCUUCAAAAGAUGUAUAAACUAGAUACUGGGGAUAUGGCAAGAGGUGUUCUGAUAGGUCAAAAAUACAGUUCUGCAAUGUCGGCUUAUAAUUGUUAUAUUUUGGGAAAAAAUCUCUAUGAGGCGGGAGAAUUCAAAUUGGCCAGUGAAUGGCUGCUUGAGGCUCUUGUCAAAUUGGAGGAAUUGGAAAAUUUGCCCAGAGAUGAUGUGGAAAAUUUGCCAGAUAAAUUUGAUUUCGAAGAAAAUGAAAUGGAAGACGGAUAUGUAGAAGAUUUACCAGAAGAAUACGAUGAUGAUAUGUUUGAUGAUUUUCAAAUUAACACUACCCUUGGAGACGAUGACUAUGAGGAUAUUAUAGAAAACGCUGAAGAAUAUGAAGAUGAAGAUUUAUGGAACAAUAAAUUGGACAAUGAUAAUGGCAUAUAUCCAUAUGUUACCAAAGAACAAAUUUUAGAAUACCUACCCGCCAGUUUAUACAGUGCUGGCAAUCCAAAGGCCGCUGCAGUUUUCAACGACAAAUUACUCCAACUUGAUCCAAAGAAUUUCUACGGAUUGGGAAAUAAAGAUCUCUAUGCCAAUGGUGUACGCAAUGAAAGACGUAAACGUGUACUGGACAAACCUGCAACGCCGAUAUCCAAAUACCAACUUCUAUACCAUCAAGUUUGUAGCGGUGAGGUCCAACAGACACCGCGAGAACAACGACACUUACGCUGUCGCUAUGUUACCAACAAUGUACCAUUCUACUUUUUGGGUCCACUGAAGAUGGAGGAAUUGAAUACAGAUCCCUUUGUGGCUUUCUAUCAUCAAGUUAUUUACGAUAAUGAAAUCGACCGAAUAAUCAGUUCUGUUGAAGAUUCCAUUGAACGGUCGAAAGUUGGCGGAAACACCCACUCACGAUACGAUGAGAUUCGGAUUAGUAAGAAUUCUUGGUUGGAUUUUAAAGAGCAUAGAUUUUUGGAUGCCAUCACUCAGCGUUUGGAGGACAUAACUGGUUUGACCAUGGAAACCGGAGAACAGUUACAGGUCGCCAACUAUGGAAUUGGUGGACAUUAUGGGCCACAUCAUGAUUUUCAUGCGUCAACUGUGGAGGAUUGGAAGACCGGUAACCGUAUUCUCACGGCCUUGUUUUAUAUUAAUGACGUAGAGUUGGGUGGUUCGACCGCCUUUCCUGCUUUGCGUUUGGCUGUUCCACCAAUAAAAGGUAGCAUGGUUGUAUGGCAUAAUUUCCAUAAGUCUCUCGAUAGAGACUAUCGAACAUGGCAUGCUGGCUGCCCAGUGCUUCAUGGUUCCAAAUGGAUUUGCAAUGAAUGGUUCAGCACAAAAGGUCAGGAAUUCCAUCGUCCUUGUGGUUUGCAGCGGGAUAAUGAAGGGUCAUUGCCAUACAAAAAUUGGUAUUAAAUAUAAGUUUAUUUUUAAGAAUUGUAUUUAGAAAUUGUAAAUUAAAAUAUAUAAAGAAUUUGAUUGA